UCCUCAUCUCCCCCUUCAAGGUGCUCAUCAUGCGCUACACGACACUCUUUUCGGCAGUGUCACUGGCUGCUGCCUCCGCUACCUCUUCUCUGGCGGCUCAACUCCCCUUUCACGUGCUCGACGAGCUGCGCUCCUCCUCCUACGAGGACUCCACCGUAAGCACUCUCAAGCACCCCUCCCUUCCCGCUCACUCCCUCCGCGUAACCCAGCCUAAAGCGUCCCUCUGUGAGAGAGACUCCAAGGCUCGCACUUGGAGUGGAUACCUAGAUGUCGAUCUGGACAAGCUGUGGGAGCAUCACCAGACUCAUGGAUUGAAACUGAGUGCGCAGGAGGAGAAGAGGAUGCAGGAGCACCCAAAGGGCGUGACGGAACACUUUUACUUUUGGGCAUUUGAGAGUAGGGGAGAUCCAGUCAAUGAUCCGGCUAUGCUUUGGCUAAAUGGAGGUCCUGGAUGCUCCAGCUUUACUGGCUUGCUCAUGGAGCUCGGUCCUUGCAACGCCGGUCCCAACAAUGGUACUGAGGGCCCUCACACCGAGUGGAACCCCUGGUCCUGGAACAACAAUGCUACCAUGAUCUUCCUUGACCAACCCAUCGGCGUCGGCUACUCCUACUCCUCCUGGACCAACCAGUCCCGGGAGGACCCUGCCCCUGCAAGGAUCUUCGAUACACCUUCAUCGGCUAGGGAUGCUUCUGCUUUCCUCCACUUGCUCUCCCUUCACUCCAAGGACGUCUUCAGUGGACCGGACGGUAAAGGUCUGCCGGAAUUCCACAUGGCAGGAGAGUCGUACGCUGGUCGUUAUCUCCCUCUCACCGCCGCUCAGGUCUUGGUGGACAACGAGGAGGCCAUUGCUCACCCUGAGCGAGGCCUGCAGCCAUUGCCGCUGAAGUCGAUUCUGAUCGGCAAUGGCAUCACCUCGCCCAAGCAUCAAUUCCCCGCCUACAUCUCUUACGCCUGCGACAACAAUCACGGCUUUGGCACCUUCCUCUCCAAGGAGCAGUGCGCUUCGAUGAAGGAGGAUCUACCUACAUGUCUCGCCUUGACAGAGAAGUGCAACUCCACCCCGGACCCUCGCGCCGAGUACGAUGUCCUGGCCUGCAAGCUAGCCCUGCAAUAUUGCGAAGGCAAGCUCUCUACCCCUUGGUACGAGACGGGUCGAUCGGCCUAUGACUGGAGGCACAUGGGUGAUUAUGAGGAGGAGGGGUGGGUCGGAGCCUUCCUGAACGCCAACUCGACGAAGAAGGCGCUGGGAGUCGAUGCUCGUACUGGUGACAAGCACGAUGGCAACUUCAUUGGCUGCUCUGACGCCGUCGGUAAGCACUUUGAGAAAACUGGGGACGGCGCCCGUGAUUCUUCUUGGGCGGUCAAGGAGAUUCUUCAAAAGGGCACUCGGGUGCUAGCCUACUCUGGCGCAAGCGACUGGAUUUGCAAUCUCGAGGGUAACAUUGCCUGGACUUUGGACCUAGAAUGGUCUGGAAAGGAGGGCUUCAACAAGGCCCCCCUCGAGGACUGGUACGAGGACCAAUGGGCCACUGAGAGCAAGACGACGACGACUCCUCGAAGGGCAGGACAAUUCCGUCACUUUGGCAACUUUACCUUUGCUAUUGCAGACGAGAGCGGACACUUUGUGCCACAUGACCAGCCAGCGGCGGCCCUGUCCAUGGUCAACUACUGGCUGCACAGUGAGAAGGAGGGCAGGCUGGAGUGGUAAAGAUGGAGGUUCAUUAGGAGUUGUGAGCCGAAGUGGAUGUGUAUUGCUCAAGUCGGCUGGUGGAAAUCAGUAGGGAUGGAGCGAGUAUGAUAGAAGAGCGCUGUAGACAUCGAACAUCGUAUGCACCCGUCGAGUUUAUCCAUCAUUGCCUACCCUGCUCAGCAUCGAGAAUCCUCAAGCUGAAGCUAGUCUUCCUUAUCAAGG